CUCAUUUCCUCUAUGAUUAAGAGGAAGAACAAACGUGGUGCCUUUGAGUAGUGUUGUGUGAUGCUUCUUCUCACCCCAUCACAAAUGUCUCUUUGGAAUGUCAUUUUAGUUCUCAUAUUAACUCUAGUGAUAUGGUGGUUUGCCUAUUGCCAAUUUGUAAUUGGUGACCGGCGGCGACUACCGCCUGGUCCUCCGGGACUACCAAUUAUCGGCAACCUCCACAUGUUAGGCAAGCUUCCUCAUCACAGCCUCCGUAAGUUGGCCAAAGAGUAUGGACCCAUUAUGUUCAUUCAGCUUGGCCAAGUACCGGCUAUUGUAGUCUCAUCCCCUAAAGCAGCUGAACUGUUUCUCAAGACCUAUGAUGCCAACUUUGCUAGUAGGCCUAAUACCAUGGCAGCCAAACAUUUGUCUUAUGGGGGCAAAGGCAUAGCCUUCACCCCAUAUGGUCCUUACUGGACCAAAAUGCGUAGGCUAUGCACAACUGAGUUCUUUGGCAACUCAAAGAUUGGAUUGUUCAAGUUGAUGAGGGAAGAAGAGGUUGGUCACUUUGUUCAGACACUCAAGAAAGAUGGCGACGCCGGUGCCGUGGUGGAUAUCACUGCUAGGGUGGGAUCACUCGUAGAGCAAAUGAGUUACCUGAUGGUGUUUGGCGACAAGGAUGAUAGCUACAACAUCAAACCAGCUAUUAAGGAAGCCCUAUGGCUUUCUGGUGCUUUCAACCUUGCUGAUUAUAUUCCUAUCAUUCGCUCACUUGAUAUUCAGGGAUUGAUUCGCCGUAUGAAAGCUGUGAAUAGGGAUACUGAUGAGUUCUUGGAAAAGCUGAUUGACAAUCACAUGCAAGCUCCUGAAGACCACAAGGAUCACCACAAGGGCUUCAUUCAUAAAAUGUUGUCCUUAAUGAUAAAAUCCAAUGAGGGACAGGAACAACAGGGAUACAUGAUGGAUCGAACAAAUAUCAAAGCAGUCUUGGUUGACAUGCUUGUUGGUUCAAUGGACUCGACAACAACCACAAUUGAGUGGACCUUUUCAGAAAUCUUGAAACAUCCAAGGGUGAUGAAAAAGCUACAAGAAGAGCUGAAGAAUGUUGUUGGCAUGGAUAAGGUAAUGAAAGAAGAGGAUUUAGCAAGGCUAGAAUACUUGAAUAUGGUGAUAAAGGAAAGCAUGAGACUUCAUCCUCCUGGACCAUUGCUUGUUCCUCGUGAAUCAAUGGAAGAUCUAACAAUUGAUGAAUACCACAUACCUAAGAAAUCUUGUGUCAUGAUAAAUGCUUGGGCAAUAGGUCGAGACCCUAAUGUGUGGUCUGAUAAUGCUGAAGAAUUCUUCCCUGAGAGAUUUUCUGACAACAGUGUUGAUAUUCAAGGACAUGAUUUCCGACUUAUCCCAUUUGGAUCAGGCCGUAGAGUUUGCCCUGCUGUGCAAUUGGGACUAACCGUGGUUCGGCUAGUUCUUGCGCAAUUGGUGCAUUGCUUUAAUUGGGUGCUUCCGAAUGGAAUGUUACCUAGAGAUUUAGAUAUGAAUGAGAUCUAUGGCCUAACGGUGUCAAGGGCGAAACCUCUACUCGUUGUUCCAGCUUAUCGUCUUCAUGUCUCUUAAGUAAUGAGGAGAAGCUACAAGCAGUACUAGUAGCCAUUUUAUUAACCAUAUUGACUAUAUCUCCAUGAGGAAAGGCUAUAGCAAGAGAUCUACAUUGAUGUAACAUAUAUAAAUAAAGCCUCCUACAAGGUGCCCUAAUAAAUCAGGACUUUCGUUGCUUUGAUAGAUUUCCUAUUGAGAGUUAAGGGAUGUUUGUGAGGUAUUGUAUUUUCUUUGGGAUGUCAAGUGAUCAUGUAUCUGUUAGCAAAUAAUAAUAAAUAUAUUAAUAAUAGUGAAGCAUAAAUAAACCUUUCUGCAGUA